UUCAGAUUCAGUCUUAUUUUAGAUGCGAACAUUUCUAUAUGAAUAAGUAAUUAUUCCAAAUAAAUACAUAAAAGUGCGGGAAAUAUGGCUGGUCAAACAAAUGUUGCUCAUGUUGAUUUAAGAACUGUUGAAGAAGUCAAAAAGGUUCUAACUUAUGCUAAAAUACAACCAUCUGAAUUCAAACCAUUUGUACAAUGUAUCAACUUCUCUGAAAGUCUUGAGAAUGAGAACCUCAAACUUUUGGAAAUCGAUGCAUCCAUCAUGGACUCCCUUGUUGAAGGACAACAAGUUGUUAUCCGUGGUGACAAAGCAGAUGGAGCUGUACUCUGUACAGAAGAGAAGACGUAUGAACUAAAAGAAGCAGAAACCUCCAAUUCUUUACUCAUCUUGCCAGACUGUGUCACAGAUAAUCUGACUUCUGAUGGAGAAUUAACUAUAAAUCAUCUUCAGGUUAUUUCUUCAUUAAAGACUUACUAUGAAAUGAAACCCUGCAAAGCUAAACUGGAAAAACUGCGACAUGUGUUGGAAGAAAAUAUAUACAGCGGUCAGGAGUGUGAAGAUGAUGAAGCACACCAGGGCAAAAAGUACACCACAGAGGACCUUCUUGAUAUUGUCCAGGCCAGUGAGAAAGAGCUGUUUGCAGGGUUGAAAAAGUUAAAUAUUUGUUUUAUAAACGGUUAUUGGCGCAUGCUUGACUUUGAUUUCAAAAGUCAGGUUCUUUCCCACGUCUUACAGCUGAGUGAAGAGGAAGACGGCUGGAUGGAUUCUGGAGUUCCAUUGGAUGCUUGCUGUCAAAUACUUGAGGAACUUUAUCUUAGAUGUGUGAUUGAACAUGUUCUCAAGUGCUAUACUGAUGAAGUUGACGGUGCAACAGGAAAGCUUUAUAAAUUGAGUGAAGAUAAAGUCUGUGCCUUCUUCGCUGAGCUGACACUGAGGAAUGCUGGGAAGUUCAACUUGGCUGAGUUCUUGGAAGUCUGGAAGCAGUGUGUUCCAGAAGGGAUGACAACCAACCUAAGACAGACCGAAGGUAUAGCUUUAGUGAGUAGGGAAUCAAAACCAGAGGUUAUAUGGUACUUCUCUGCAGAAGACUUACCUGAAGAUUUGGCAGAACGGUUUUCAAUAUUAUUUCAAGCUCAGGGAAAAUGGACCCUGGAUGAGAUUACACCUUAUCUUAAGGACCUGGAGACUGGGAAACUAGAUGUGAGCAGUAUGUUACUGAAAUAUGCACGUGCUUCUACGCAAAAUGCACAGAAGAUUUAUACGUCACGAAAACCAGUUAUCUGAAAGUUGAAGAUCAAAGCACAAUGACAUUAAUGUUUGAUUGAAUCUUUUAGCAAAUGCUGUCCUGAACCCAAGAGAUGACACAACAACAUUGUAUAUAGACAUACAUACUUAUAUGUUUACAGUCCUAUAACCCUUUCACAUUCAGAUGACUUUAUUUCCUCUUUUUUCUUUAAUUAAUCAUGCAUUGUCUCAUAGCUUUGAGAUGGUGAUGAUCGUCAUCAUCAUCAUUGUUUAACAUCUGCCUUCCAUGCUGGCAUGGGUUGGAUGGUUUGACAGGAGCUGGCUAGGUAGGAGCCUGCACCAGACUCUUGUCUGUUUUGGCAUGGUUUUUACAGCUGGAUGCCCUUCCUGACACCUACCACCCUGCAGGGUGGACGGAGUGCUUUUUAUGUGGCACACCCUACUGGGUGAUUAGUGUUAGGAAGGGCAUCCAGCUGUGAUUGUUUAUUUUUAAAAUUACAUUGUAGGGUAGGUAUGAGAGGCUGGAUCUGACCACUUUGAACAUAAAACAAAUGGAAUCUUUGGGGCCAGUUUAGAUGCUGAAGGGUGAAAAUAGAGGAUCAAGACAAAAAUGAUUUUAAGAAGUUCAUUAAAUUUUUUGUUUUAUAAUUUUAUUUACUUUUCAUUCUUUAAAAAUAUUUCUCAUUUGAAAAUCACAGUACAAAAUAUCCAUUAGAAUAA